AUGCCUCCUAUACACACGUCAGCUGCACAGAGUAACAUGUCCACUGAAGAACUCAUUGCAAAGCUAGCAGAUAGCAACAGUAAGUGGUCAAAGCAAAUGCUUCAAGUUAUUCGGCAUGUGUGGACUGAACAGGGCAAACUAAUUACGACACCGGAAGAUGCCAAGCACAUGCUCACUGUGGGACAGCUUGUGGAUUUGAAAUGGAAACUGGGAAUGGCAGUCAGUUCUGAUAGCUGCAGAUCCCUAAACCACCCCUACGUAACCAUGAUGCUGAAAGUAGCUAACCCCUCGGGAGAAAUCAUCAGCCGAUCAUUCGAAAUGACCAUUCCACAAUUUCAGAAUUUUUCGAAGCAAUUCCGGGAAGUGGCGACUGUCCUUGAAAUGGUGUGAGGCCUACAUCUGGUCCGAAUCCCUGGAUUUCCAUCAGGCUCCAAAGUGGAGGAAGAGACAGUCCCUCAAGUGGAAAGAACUGCAUUCUGUUUUGAUAUACAUAUUUGAAUAAUGUAAAUUUUCCCCUAAUUAUUUUCUGAUUGUUGACUAUUGAUAAAUGCCCUACUGUUGUUGUGAAGUGGAGAUGCUAUGGCCAGAGGUGGAUGAAACACUGCCAUGUGUCGCAUGGAAAAAUUAAGUGGAGAUCUCGCUUUACAAAGGCGGGUCAGGGGUUAUACUUAGAAUAUUUUUUUUUUUUUUUUUUUUUUGUCGUCUCUUACAGCAGAUCAUGAAAAAUGAGUGAGUUACGUUUGUAGAAAAGAUGUCAGCAAGCCACUAGUUUGUGAAUUGGCUGUGUAGCUUUGUUUAACCUCUGAAAUGAAUUUGAAUCUGCCUCACCUUGGAUGAGUACCUCCGUUGUGCCAGCCCUCAGUCUUCAAUGAAAUCAGUCUGGAUGGGAGUUGGUUCACCGAAUACAACCUUUGGCUAAUUGGGACAAACCUGUCAGUGCUCUUCAGGAAUCGAUCACACGGGGCUGACUGUGGCUGCAGCGUAGAUUAAGUUGGCACUAAGUAGUUUAUUUCUGAAAAUAAUCAGACUGUUUUGUAAAUGUUCUUUGUUUCUUUUGAGAUUGAAAAUUUAAAGGGGUGGUAGGGUGGGAUUUGGUUGUCCAUAGCGCAACCUGUGUCAGAAGGCUGAGUGGCCCUGCAACUUCUGAAUUCCCACAGUAAACAGUGCAUGCCCAAUGGUUAGUGUUGGGGUUAGUUUUGGAAAAGUAGCAAUGGUGAAUGCUGUUAUGAUCACUGACUGACCUCCCCACACCUCCACCUCCACCUCUCCCUAAUCCCCUGCAAAUAGGUUGAACACUGCUGAGUUGCCACAAGUCUACUGACAAAAAUAAACUUGCAUUUUAUGUGGCACCUUUUCAAUGUUGUAGAAUAGCCCAAGGUGCUCCACAAGCAAAUAAUCAGCCCCAAAAAAAAAUUAACACCAAGCCACACAAGGGGAUGUUAAAACCUUGUCUCUGAGAUGUGGAGGGGAAAAAAAGCUUUAGACUCACCUCCUCCACACUCCAUCUUGUUUCCUAUCUUAACACUGAUAGAUUUACAGGAAUUUAUUACAAAGUUGUCAUGUUUCCAGUGUAGAAGUCAGCCUUUCGACACAGUACAACAAUACUAUUGCUCCUCCAUCCCUGGAUCCCUGGCAUGCGGCCGUGUCCUUUUUUGGUUUAAACAUUCCUGACCUAGUAUCAUAGUAUCCUUACAGUGCAGGAAGAGGCCAUUCAGUCCAUUGCAUCUGCACUGACUGGUUCAAAUCCCACCUGCUCCAGAGGUGUAUAAUAAUAGCUCUGAAUAAGUUGAUUGGGAAAAAUAGGUCAGUGACCUAAUUAGUUCAGUACUUCUGCAGCUUGUACCCUGGCCUUCAGAUAUUUUCUAAUUAACCUAUUCAGAGAUCUUAUUACAGCUCUCUGGAGCAAGUGGGAUGUGAACCUGGGCCUCCUAGGUCAGAGGUAGGGAACAUUAUAUUUUAAAUAGAAUUGAUUGCUUUAUCAUAAUAGAGCACAGUAAUUCCUAGAUCCCAGAAAAAUGUUGGUGUGAACCAUUUAGAUGCAUUUUUAUUUUUGUUUAAGUUCUUUCUAUAGUUUGCUGACUCCAGCAAGUUUGUCUCCAACUUUAAAUAUUUCGCAAAUAUAGGGUUAAGUCUGAAUAUUCAAUAAUGUUACUCCUAUACUCGCUGUUUCAGCUAACCACAUCUGUAUAAUCUUCAGUAUUCUCCUCUCCCUCAAGUAUUUACCUUGAGUUGAUGCUACAGAGCUCCAAUCCCUCAUCCUAGUGACUCUUAUUAACAAAAACAACAUGGAAAGAGAGCUUCAUAUUAAAUUGAUUAGUCAUGUAUAUUUACAAAUGUGAUAUGCCUUAUAAUUAUGAGAGCUUACACCUAGCAAGUUGUAAAUAGGAAUAGGCAGAAUAAUUUUUUUGAUCUUUUGAGUGAGGCUUCACUCUUGAAAAGUGACAUAAAAUGGUCUCUUCUGAAGUAAUGCCAAGCAGAUAUUCACUUUUAUUUUUUGCUGGUUUUGUUACUGGAUGUUGUUUGUAGUGAUGGAAAUGCACAUCACUAUUUUAAGCUCACGAAGCUCAGGGCAGACUAAAGCAAAUGGAUCCAACGAACUAGCAUGUUCUCACUGACGCUGUCAAAUGGUCUGUGAUCUUAUGCAGUUCAGAAUGGUGCUGCACUCCGAGAGGAAAGAAACUGUUAUUUGUCCAAUCUUUACGUUUUUUGGAAGCUACUAUUGAUGAAGAUGAUCUACCAGUGACAAUGCAUUCCAGUGGAUUAAAACUAUGUAAUCUGGUGUCUCUUUCUUAUCUAAUGGUUCCAGAUGUUUAUAUCCCUCACUGAACAUGAUUCAUUACCAGAAUGUAUUACUUCAUGCAGUCAAUGGACUUUUCAGAAUUGAAAAUGAAAUUGUUUGUUUAGCUUUGAUCAGUUGAACAACAUUUCCCCCUUUUGGACUAUCUUGGUUAUUUUGGUAUGUCAGUGGUCCUUUUAAUAAGGCUUGUUGCAAAGACAUCAGUUUCUCCAACUUGUUUGUGUUCUUCAGCUGCCAGAGCUUCUAAUCUCCAUACCUUGGACUGUGCCUCUUUCUUUCUAUCCAUUGCUUAAAUAUUAAGUUUAAAAGCUGUGAGGUAUUAUGCAACUGUAGUUCUACUUUAUCUGCAGUGUUUGGCUAUGUGAAACUUUCUCUUGGCUACAAUGUCAGAUGAGGUGCAUUGUUAUUACCACUAAUACCUUUGUUGCAGUGACUAAAACUGACAUCUCCUGAAGGGGUGGGGGUUGUGUGUGUGUGUGUGUGUGUGUGUGUGUGUGUGUGUGUG